UUAAAAUUACAAAAAAAAAAAACAGCAAUAAAAGAAAAUUACUCUUAUCUAUCUAUCCCAAAGCCCAAAAAAAAAAAGAAAAACAGAGGUAAUGGCUAAUAGUAAUGAAGCUGCACUUAUGUUCCUCCAGGCGGUCCUAGUCAUGGCCCUGUGGGCCCGACCGUCGGAGGGCCAUAAUAAGAGCCAAACCACCAACAUAUACAACACCAACGUUAAUGUCAACCUCUCUGGGGCCUUCGACACGGUCUUCGCCUUCGGGGACUCCAACACCGACAACGGAAAUGCCCGCCUCAUGGGCAACCUCCAGGGGUUCGUCGGGGCUUGGCUAAACACUCUCCAGGGCGCCUCGGCCUACAACUCUGGUACUGGCGGAGCUGGCGCUGGUGGUUCGGCCUCCGCUGGUGUCGGAGGCGGCGCUGGAGGGUCGGCCUCUGCUUCUGGUGGAGCCGGUGCUGCAGGUAAUGGCGGCUCCGGCGGCUCCUUUUCCUAUUCUUGGUCGAGCAAUGGUGGUGGCGCAUCAGCACCAGCAUCAGGCUCAGGCCAGGGUUCUGGCUCAGGGUCAGGCACCAAAACCGUCCGAGGCAAUGGGCUGACCAAUGGGAAGCUGGUGAUCGACCACCUAUGCGAGGCGCUCGGCAUACCGCCGAUUCCGCCAUAUCAUAACCACUCUGCCGACUUCUCGAACGGGGCCAACUUUGCUCUGGCGGGGUCGACGGCGCUUCCAGGUUCCUUCUUCCUCCACAACAACCUUCUAUCCCUCAUGUGGAAGACCGCCCCACAGAGCUUCGACACCCAGUUGCAGUGGUUCAACAACUUCAUUCAGAACUUCAAGAAGGGCGCCAAGACCAACAUGAACAGCACGCUCUUCUGGCUUGGUGGGGUCGGGACCAGCGACUACGCCCGUAUCCACAAGGUUGCCACCUUCUCCUCUGAUUGGCUCACCCAACAGGCCAUUGAUCAUGUCUCCAAGUUCAUCCAGGGGAUAGUUAACCAAGGUGCCAAGUACGUUGUGGUCCAAGGGCUCCCACCGGUGGGGUGCCUGCCGCUAGACCUGAUGAUGUCCUCGGUCACAGAGAGGGACCAGAACGGUUGUGCCGCAAAGAUCAACCAGGCGGUGAUGAAGCACAAUGAACUCCUCCAGCAAAAGCUUGGGGAGCUCCAGAAGUCGUUCCCGCAAUGCGUCUUCAUCUAUGCGGACUUCUGGAAGGCCUACAUGAAGGUGCUAUCGCAAUACCACCAGUUCGGGUUCACAGAGCCAUUCAAGGCUUGUUGCGGUGGUGGGAACAGCCACUUCAACUUCAACCUCAAGAAUCUGUGCGGUACCCCUGGUACCAAUGUCUGCGCCGAUGCUGCCAAGCACAUGAUCUGGGACGGGAUCCACUUCACGUCAGCAAUGCACAAUGCCAUCACCAAGCUCUUCAUCCAGGGCGGCUGCACACACCCAACCUUUGAGCAGCUCGUUAAUAUUGUCAAGAAGGGCUCCCCAAACCCAAACUAAAUAGAUCUAUACACUAUUGUCACCCAUGAGACGUUUCCUAGGUUCCAAGAAUAAGAUCGAUAUAUAAUCUACUCUGAGUGGCCGUAUUGAGUCACCGAGGAUCUGUGGUAUUUCAGUUUUUCUGUGAUGUUAUGGUUGUAGGACAGAGGCAUGUGUAGAAUUUUUGUUAGUUAAGAGAAUAAUAUACCAGUAAUUCAGCCCGCCGGCAUUAUGCGGGGUUAUCAAAUUU